UACAAAAGAAUAUUAUAGUUAUAAAUGCAAAUCUCGUUUUAGGGAAAACUUGGUUCAAAUUAAGGAAAUUUGACUGUAAUGAAACUUUAGCUGAGUUUGGGAAUUUUGUUUGCAUCGUUUUGCAAGUGUAGGAAUGAUGUUGUUAAAUUGUGUAACCUAUUUAAUGGUGUCCAUAGCAUGUUUAGUUGUUAAACUUGAUGCUGCAAAUAAUUGUGAACAAAUCACUAUUCCAAUGUGUCAAAACGGGAUUGGAUAUAGAUUUACAAAGUUUCCAAACAGUAUGGGACAUAACACUCAAGAAGACAGUGGUUUAGAAGUACAUCAGUUCUACCCUCUCGUCAAAGUCAACUGUAGUCUAUACUUAAAGCAGUUUUUAUGUGAAGUGUAUGCUCCUAAAUGCAAUCCAGCAAAUCCUUUGUUGCCACAUUUACCUUCACGACAGAUUUGCGAAAAGGCACGAAAUGAUUGCGCUCCUUUAAUGAGUAAAUUUGGAUUUUAUUGGCCUGAAUCGUUAAGUUGUGAGAAGUUUUCAAACGAAUGUGAGACUACCAAAACAUUAAAGAAACCUCCAACAGUCAAGCCUGUGUUCAAACCUUCAACAGUCAGACCUAUAAUUUCAAAAUCAAAAACAGUGAGACCUGUUAUUAAAUCUUCAACAGUCAAAAACAUAGUAAAGUCUUCAGUUCCAUUCAAGCUCAGUAUAAGAUAUACUACAUCAGGCAUUACAUUUGUGUCAUGUUGCCAUGUUUACUCCUACGCCAAGAAAGAUUUUUCACUUCCUCUAGACGAGGGUGUACUCUUGAAAACAGCAGACGUCAGGUCCUUAAAUAAACCUACAGUUUCGUGGGAAACCACUUCAACAGAACAAACCGGCAAUUAUUUCACGUUGAUGAUGGUAACCAAACACACAAACAGAUCUUAUGAUGGAGUAAAUGAACAUCGGGACAUUAAUUGGGUGGUAACUAACAUACGAGAUAGAGAGGUAUCGAGUGGGGUUACGCUAAAGGAAUAUGAAGGGCCACUUCCACUUGAAAAUACGAACGCUGACGCUGACCUGCUGCACAGUCAUCAGAACACUUUAGUCUAUUUUCAGUUGUACAAUCAUGCAGAUCCUUUAGACAUAUUUUCAUUUGAAAAUUUAUGGGUGUUGAUGGACAAAAGCUCCUUUACUGAGUUUAAAGUUGCAUCAAAAUCAAUGACGGUUGAAGCCGAUGAAUAUGCUAGAUUCAAAUGGGUUCAGAAAUCGGCCAAUUCAGAAUCAAGAGUUUGUAAAGACAUUAAAGGCUAUCCAGAAAACUGCAAAGAAUCAACGCCCGUCAAAAUACUCAGGAAAUAGAUAAAAACGUUUCUCUGCUGUAAUAUUUUGAAAAUAAAAUACUAGUUUUAGCAUGUAAUUGCA